AUGACGAUAUACAGUACAUAUACUUUUCAAUGACCCUAAUCCUUUUCCGUAAUAUUGAAACGCACAAUUAUUUAGGAUGAGAACCUGUUGUUUUACUACCUGAGCAUUAGGGGGCUCUAUAGUCUCAGUGCUGCUGUAAAUAGCACAGGAAAAAGAAGUCGGCGGUUGUCCUCAAUCACUGGAUGAUGAAGGCGAAUGUUUUGAUGGAGUCAAGGGAGUACUGGGCGUAGUUUACGAAUGCAGAGUUACUUUAAAGCGACACAUUGUGUUUGUUUUGAUCAGACGUAGACAUUACAGUUAAAAUUUCUGCAUCCGGGCAAGAAACUGUGUGCAGAUAGGUCACGGUGGCCUAGCUAGCAUUCGCUAGCUCCGUGUUUCCAGUUGAUCAACUCAGCCCGUCUUUAAUGCUCUUGAUCGCUGUUAUUUUAUCUGUUUAGCAUAGAUAGUGGUACAUUUAAAACUCGGGUCGGCUCACCAGGAAACACGCUUGUGCGGCUUUUUCAGAGCGACUCAUCCAUGUCCACUAGUCCCUCCAUAAUACUAAUCCUCGGUAGCCUCAGCAAACAUGUCUCUAGUCGCUUAUGGUAGCAGUGAUGAGAGUGACUCGGAGGAAACCUCGACCUCUGCCGCAGCUGAGAGUAAACCUAGCGGGGGAGGGCUCUUCUCUUUCCUGCCUGCGCCUAAAGCACCUGGAUCUGCAGCUGGAGGGAAGGAGGCAGCAUCCAGGGCAAAAAACUCUGUAGCAAAGGAAAGCACAGGAGGGUUCCUGUCCAGUCUGCCCAAACCCAAGAAACGAACAGAGCCUGUCAAGAUCCCUGUGCCACAACUUCAGAGGCGGGAUUCAGACUCAGAAGAAGAUGAGCCGGUCCCAAAGAAGCUGCAACCCCAGAGUGCCGGUUCAGGUCUGUCCUCCAUUCUCCCCAAACCCAAAAACCUAACAGUGAAGGAGACGGACCGACCUUUGAUCCCUCACACGCUCACUAAGCGUCCAGAUCCCAAAGCACCUAAACCCGGGGCUGCUGCUUCGGGUCUGAUCGGUUCCAGUGCGUCUCCCUCCGCCAUCAAAGCCGCGGCCAAGUCAGCGGCCCUGCAGGUAGCGAAGCAAAUCGCAGCGGAAGACCAGAACAACGAGGAGGACAUAUCCCCUCAGAACUACUUUUCCCUGGAGGACGACUCCCAGCCUCUUCCCGACGUCGUCCCGAUCGUGGAUCCUGAGCCGGCGGCCCCCGCUGAGCCCUGUCCUUACGUGGCCGCUGAUGAGCCGGGACAGUCGAAUGCACCUUUGGACUUUGGAGGGAGCCAUGAGGGAGCGAGCGCAUGGGACGGUCAAUACGACCAGUAUCAACAACCCAUGGCCGGCCCAGAGGCGUUCCCCGAGGGUUACUAUGACGCGCCGUACUAUCAGAACCCUAACCCGGAGUCAGCAGAAGCCGAGCCGCCGGACAACUCUAACAUGUUUGACGACGAAGGGUUCAUGCGGCUGCAGGGGAAAAGAAACCGAGGCAAAGAGGAAGUGAAGUUUCUGGAAAUCAAAGGAGACGACCAGCUGAGUGGGAACCAGCAGUGGAUGACGAAGAGCAUCUCUGAGGAAAAACAAACCCGCCAGUCGUACAGCAAGAGAAGAGGAGAACAGCCUACAGGGCAACAGAGGCGAAAGCAUCAGAUAACGUAUCUCAUUCACCAGGCGAAGGAACGUGAGAUUGAGCUGAAGAACAACUGGGCAGAAAACAGGAUGACCCGGCGUCAGACCCAGGCCAAAUAUGGCUUCUAGAUCCUGUAGCUUUGGACUGCUGUGGCGUACAGACACAUCGUAUCCCAAUUUACCGAUCUCCAGAUUUAUCCUCUUCCUUUUGGAGCAAAACCUGUUUUUUUUUUCUUCCUGAUCUGCAGCCUGCAAUGUCUUGAACAUUCAAUACUCUGUUUGAUAUGGUGUUACUCUGUCUGAAUCCCAGUCUCUCCUAGUAAAUAUAAAGGCUAAACCUACAGAGAAACCCAACCAGUGUUUUUAAGGUACCAGAACCACACAUGUUUUUCCUUUGGACGUUUAUAAAACAUAUUCAUGGUAUUUUCUAAGGUCUGAUUUAUUGUUUUUGUUGGUUUGGUUGUUUUUAGUUACAAUUUUAAGAUAGAAAGUUGUGAUGUAAAAUAUUCACAAAAUCAUCGACUAGUCAGUAAAUUAUGCUACAAUGAGGACUUCGUCGAGAGCCAACCAUGCGCUUAAAUUUGGUCAAUCUUUGUUGCAAAAAAAAUAAAAAAAUCUUUAAAAAUGUGGUUCCACCGCUCCAAAAGAAUUCUCAUUUUUAACGUGGAAAAUCUUGACUUUUUUGCCUCAGAAAUCUUAAAGUAGAAUCAGAAUUUCCUAAUAAUUCUUAGGUGUUGGGGAAAUAAUUCUGAGAUUUAAGCCAAAAUUCUAAGGAAAAAACCCCUCAAAAUUCUGACUUUAACCUCAGAAUUUUUUUUCUUCAAAACUUCUGAGAUUGAAGGAAGAAUUCUGAUUAAUAUCAAUUCUUGACUUUUUUGCCUCAGAAAUCAGAGUAAAUUCAAAAAUCUGUUUAAGAAUUUUCAGGGAAGGGAAUUCUGAGAUUAAAGCAAAACUCUAAGAAACAAAAUCCACAAAUUCCUAUUUAGAAAUUCUUGACUUUUUUGCCUCUGAAUUCCAAGAGUGAAAUUUUGAGGCAAAAAUAAUUUUGCCUUUAGUAAAUUUCACAGAAAAAAACUAAAUUAGAUGAAAUGCAGAAAGCUAAGAGUGGGAACGGUCAAAAUCUCAAAAUUGUUUCGUUUUUCUCUUUUUUUCAAAAUGUUUCAGAAUUCUGAUAUUAAAGUCAGAUUUCUGUGUUGCUAUGCUUUUAUUUCUGGAUUCUAACUUUUAUCUCAAAAUUCUGAGAUUAAACUCAGAAUUCAGGCUUCAAUCUGUUAAAUUGACUAAUUUGAGAUUUUUUCUCCCCUCUCAGAAUAAGUCAUUUUGUUCCGCGAUGCUUUUCUGCAGCAAACAUCUCAAGUUAUUUUAUUUUACUGGGAGUUCUAGAAAUCUGUAACACUUGUUUUCUUUACCACUUUUCCUUCUUUUUCUUCUGCGGGUUUCAGUCGUUUUAGGUUCAAUCUGAACAGUUUGAUCGCAGGAUUGUUGGGAGAAAAAAUGUGAACUUCAAAAGCCCAAACUAAACUGUCCAGAUGGACACGUUUGCAUCUUUUCUUCUUGUAUUUUCGCAUCUUAUGUGAACUAUAGGAGCAGUUCUGUAUACAUUAUUUUUCUCUGAAAUGCCAGAUAAACCCUCCAUUAAUAAUGUGCUGGUUUUCUCCAGUAGCUUAGCGAUGGUAACAAGACACCAGUAGGAUUUCUUCAAAAGCCUGUAAAUGUGAACGGAUCCAACUCAACCCCAGAUGGAAACCCAAAUGUUAUAUAUCGGCAGUAAAAGGUGAAUUUGUAGUCAGAAAGAAAUUUAAAGUUACAGAAGUUUAAAUAUAUAUUUGUUAUGUUGAAACAGGACUAAAUGUUAAAUUUUUCAAUUUGCGUUGCAAAAAAUCUCAAGCGCUCGCCCUGUUUUUGUUUAUUUUAUAUAAGUGUGUAAUUAAAAUCCAAUAAACAAGUUUUGAAUUUUU